AUGCAAUCCUCUGAUGAAGUCACUGAGUGUGUUAAGGAGUGGGACGUUUCGGCUCCCGGGGCUGGUGCCCAGCGUGUUAUUGCUAUCACGCAGCUCUACUUCCGUCUCUGCAAUUUCCUCCCGAUCACGAUCGUUGUGGCGGACGCGCUUUGUUUGGUGUUCGGUCCGGACGGCGCCUCAAAGCUGGACCUUGUGAAUUAUCUCGCGCUCUCUGAAGAGCGUGUGCAGCUCGGACUAGACACCAUCCCGUUGGAUAUGCGCUGCACCUCACUGAACUUGAGUACGGAGGACACCACAAAGGAUGAAUCUUCAUCAAAUCGACACAAACUCAAUAAGGAGGAACUACGAUAUUUUUUAAACUACAAGCGCAUCUUGCCCUUUGUGUACUCACAUGUUUCACAGAUCCUGCUGGCCCUUUGUACUACGCUACUGCCGUCGAAUACACUUCACGGCAACAUUUCCCGGACUGCUCAUGAUUAUUCGUCAUCACCCGUGUUGAGGACCUUACCGCAGAAGUCUGCCAUUGAUCAUUCACAGACGAGUGCGACAAUACCACAGGGAGGUACGACAUCUUUUAGCCUAUCCGAUGGUAUUAGGCGACGUAAAGCAUCGGAAGGAAUUUUUUGCCCUGUAUGCCGAACUUACUAUGGCCUUGACGAGUUCGCGAAGAGUGCUUCUCGGUGUAUGGGCUGUAAAACGGAUGUACUGCGAGUGAUAGUCGAGGCCACCAAAGAUCGAAUGAAUGCAAAAUAUGAACAAGAUGGAUCGAUUGUGUCGUUGCCCUCUCUAGCCACAAGGCAAAAAGUGGAGCUAGCUGGGGCCCCCGAGGCCUCACCGACGGCUCCCGAUUCACCUUCAGUGAAAUAUAGCCGCAGUGCGGCAGACCCGCUUCCGGAACUUCGAAGCUGUCCGUUAGCACGGGAUCCGUUUCUAGUACAGCAGUCCCUUGCGUUUUUGUACCUUUAUAAUACCCCUUUUGCGUGUAUCAACGACUGUCGCUACAUCGUGAACGCCGAGGAAAUUAUGACCGAGCCUGAGUACGAAAAACGACUCGAGGGGAAAGCGACGGUGUCCGACCAGUUCCGCGCCGCUCACCGCAACCCCAACACGAUUCGCGUGCGGUUCAUUUCCCAGCGCGAGGUCGAGAAGGCGAUACGCGAGGAGAAUGAGAAAAAAAUAUCGAAGCGCGCCCACCUGCCGCCGUGGCUACUGCAGCGCCAUCAUUUCACUUCCCUCUCGCCGAGGCAGCCACACGGCACCGCUUCCUCCGAUAUCGUAAAGGAAAACCCCAAAACAGCUUCAACAAUGCUGCAAAGUUCGUUAGAUCAAAUUCCUUUGCAGCAUCAAGAAUCAGGGGAUUCGACGCUCAAAAAAAAAGAUGCAAACUGCAAGCGCACCAGGCAGAUCGUGGAGUUUGGUUCAGAAACGCGGGAAGAUCUGAUACGUGAUGCUCAUUUUGUCGCUUCUGAGUUUUUUCACGGUGAUUUCAUACCUAUUAAACUUCCUUUAUACCAUACCUCAACCUCAUAG